CAUACGAUUUGAUUGAUUGAUUGAUUACUUUGGAUGAUAUUGAGCGUGAUAGAUUUCGCGGGGCCCACAUUGGUUCUCUGGCUUCAAUUAUUGCGCACGGCGUACUGCCCUCUCGCAAGGGGUUGGUGAUUAUACGACUGAAGGAACACGGGAAAAUACGAAGGAGAAAACAAUCAAGGGGAAAAAUUAAUUAUCCGAAUACCACUUACUCACUCACUCUUCCACUUAUUCACUCUACAUGCAACACGAACCGGGAUUCUUUUUUUUAUUUUUCUUGCUUGCUUGCUUGCUUACCUGUUUCCGUAGCUGGUCUUUGGUCCUUGCCCUUGUCCUUGGACCCUGGCCCCUCUCUCUCUCCCCCUUACACCUUUUCUAUCUGCCCCUUUUUCACCCCAAUGGCCUGGUGCCUGGCAACUGGCAACAUGGCUUGCGUCCAUUUCCAAGGAAGUGUUCCAGUCCAUGGGCAUGUCUACCUGGCCCUGGCCGUGACUUGACCGUGACCAUAUCCGAGUCCGAGUCCGAGUCCUUGUCCAUGUCCGUGUUCCGUGUUCCGUGUUCCGUGUCCGUGUGCGUGUCCACCCAACCCCUGCACUUGUCGGGUAGCGACUCAAGACUGAAGAUAGUGAAGAUACUAGUGAGUUGAGUCGGCUGGGCCGGGCUGGUCGCCACCACCAAA